GGUUCUAAGCGAAAUACCGCCCGAUUUUGUUCCAACCGGCGGUUUCCUGUUUUGCAAAGAAAACGUCGUCGUUUGAAACAGGGAAAAAUAAAACAAAAAUCACUUCCAUACUCAAUAGCCAUUCCGAAUCCCUAAUUCCGAAUCCCUAAUCCGCCGCUCCUCUUCUCUUCUCCAGCUCACCCCUACCUCUUGCGAGUGACGACCGACGACGGCGGAGAGAAGGACGAACUCGGCUGCUCGAGAACGCCGCCAAGUCUCCCUCCCUGCCGCGACAUUCCUUCACCUGCUCCAGCUCAGCCCUGCCUCUGGAGACCGGCUAGAAGGACGAGAUCGAGAAAUGAUGUGGUGUUCUUUAUUGCUCGGCGCUGGGAUUUCAACCGGAGCCCCUCCGCCGAUGCUGAGCUGGAGCCACGAGGAGGAUGAGGAGGAAGAAGCGGAAGCGGAGCCUGCCAUUAAUCGGUUUUCCGGCAUCCUGACGACAACUUCUUGUUCGGCGGCGGCGGCGGCGAUUUUGGAAGUGGAGGUGGCUGCUUCGUUGUUGAGGCUGGUAUUGCUGUUGGUUCUCGAUUCAUCUUCCUACGCCGCCAUCGGCAGACGACGACAGCUGCUAUUGCUGCUGGUGGCGCUACGGCAAUUCCCGCGGCGGCUGCUGCAGCUCUGUUGGUGAAUGUUGUUAUUGUUGGCGUCGGCGUCGAUGUUAUCGCUGGUGGAGAUCUCGAAGCCAGCACCAUAACCUCCGGCGGCCAUUGUUUUACACUUUGUUUGGCAACAAGGGGGGGUGCAAAUUCGAGGAGGGUGCAAAGUGAGGGGUAAAUUGUUGGAGGGAGCAAAUUAUAAAAGGGUGCAAAUUGGGGUGCAAAUUGUUGUUUGGGAGAAAAAGUAGGAGGGUGUAAAUAGAGGUGUUGAUAUAUUAUUUAUAAUAUAAAAGUGAAUAAAGU